AGUCCUGAACAGAAGGAAGAGUAUGGAAAGUUUGGUGUGGUGACAUACUCUUCGGAGGAGUUUUUGUUACUGGGCAAUGAUAAACACUUCGAUCUUCCUUUAAAAAAGAAAACAGAUAUAUGUACGAUAAUGUAUACUAGUGGAACAACUGGAGAUCCAAAGGGAGUCUUGAUAUCCAAUAAUAGCAUUGUUACACUUAUAGCUGGAGUGAAGCGUCUGCUAGAGGGUGCAGAUGAAUCGUUGACAAUGAAUGAUGUUUAUCUUUCUUUUCUUCCACUGGCCCACAUCUUUGAUCGGGUGAUUGAAGAGUGUUUCAUCAAUCAUGGUGCUUCAAUAGGAUUUUGGCGUGGGGAUGUCAAGUUACUAGUCGAAGACAUUGCAGAGCUGAAACCCACUAUAUUCUGUGCUGUUCCUCGGGUGCUGGAAAGAAUCUACUCAGGUCCGC